CACCGCGCAAUGGCUCCUUUGUAGUUCAUUCUUGCAUGCGUUACUUGCAUAGUGCGCGAGCUGAAGCGUACGUGAACAGUGUUGAGUGAACGGAACGUGAUAGCAGCCUUUCGAUGGCUCCCACUAUACAGUCCGGCUCUUCCUCGGUGGAAAGGGAUCGCAAGAAACCCGGGGAACGACGGUCGGAGCUUGUAUGCCGUGUCAAAUAUUGCAAUACCCUGCCGGAUAUUCCGUUUGACCCAAAGUUCAUCUCAUAUCCCUUUGAGCCGAACAGGUUUGUCUCGUACAAGGCCACUUCGUUGGAACGUAACUACAAGCAUGACCUACUCACAGAGCACGACCUGGGCGUCACAAUUGACCUCAUUGACCCCAAAACUUACGAGAUUGACCCAAAUGCUGUUUUGCAUCCCGACGACGAGAAGUUGCUCGAAGAAGACACUCUCACACCACAGGAUUCAAAAAGGUCAAGGCACCACAACUUGGUUGUCCCCUGGCUGAAGAAGACCGAGUACAUUGCGACCGAGUUCAGUCGAUACGGUCAGACAGGCGUCAACACCGAGACAAAGGUUGGCUACAAUGUCAAGAAACUGUUCAAGGAGGAAGACCUGUACAUGGACAGGGAGAGCCAAAUCAAUGCCAUCAACAAGACCUUUGAAGAGGCCCAAAAGCCAAUUGAAAGCCAUUACAGCAAGCCCAAUGUCAAGCCCGUGGAGGUGUUGCCACUGUUCCCCGACUCAGACUUAUGGAAAUACCCAUUCGCACAAGUCAUGUUUGACUCUGACCCUGCUCCCAUCACGCAAUUGGAAGAAAUGUCUCAGGCUAUGAUCAGAGGUGUGAUGGAUGAAAGCGGAGAGCAGUUUGUCGCCUACUUCCUGCCGACUGAAGACACCAUCAAGAAACGGAAGAGGGAUGCCGAGGAGGGCAUGGAUUACAUGGACGAUGACGAGUACGAGUACCGCAUGGCUCGUGAGUACAACUGGAAUGUGAAGAACAAGGCGUCCAAGGGGUACGAAGAAAACUACUUCUUCGUCUUCCGGGAUGAUGGAGUGUACUACAACGAGCUUGAAACGAGGGUGAGACUGACGAAGCGUCGUCUCAAACCUGGCGUCCAGCCGAACAACUCCAAGUUGGUGGUGCGACACCGACCUCUCAACGAGAUGGAGCACAAGACUCAGCAAGCCAGGCUCACCCAACUGGAGCAGCCUCAAGAAGAGGAGGAGGAAGAGGAAGCCGAGGAGGAAGAAGAAGAGGAGGAGGAGGAAGCCGAAAAGGAAGAGGAAGCUGCCGAGGAGGAGAAAGGCUCAGAAGCGGAAUCGGAGGCAGAGGAGAAGUCGGAGGCAGAGAGCGAGGCCGAGGAGGAGAAUGGAGAACAGAGCCCCGCCCGAUCAAGAAAAAGGUCGGCUUCGUCGUCGUCAUCCGCAUCAGGGUCUUCGUCGAGCGAAGAGGAAGAAAAGAAAAGGCGUGACGAAGAGGAGAUCUUUGGCAGUGGGAGCGACAGUGACUGAGUGUGUGCUUGCGACAGUGAAACUUUUUUCUACCGCGCUGUACAUAGAGCUUUUUCCUGCUACCUCACCUUAAUAAAUAGUCUCCCUCACCA